UGUCUCUCCUCGGUCCUCCCCGGGGGUCUGACGGCAGGAUGGCGGAGGCUGGGGGACCGGAGACGACGGCUCGGUGCCCGGAGGAGUCAUCGGACAGUGAGCCGGAGCAAGAGCCUGGCAGUCCGCAGAAACUCAUCCGGAAGGUGUCGACGUCCGGUCAGAUCCGCAGCAAGACGGUGCUGAAAGAGGGAACGCUUCUCAAACAGACGAGCUCUUUCCAGCGCUGGAAGAGACGAUACUUCAAACUGCGGGGGAGGACGCUGUACUACGCCCAGACCGCAAAGUCGAUAAUCUUUGAUGAGGUUGACCUGACAGACGCAAGCGUGGCCGAAUCCAGCACCAAGAACGUCAACAACAGCUUCACUGUCAUCACCCCCUGCAGACGUCUGACUCUGUGUGCUGAUAACAGGAAGGAGAUGGAGGAGUGGAUGGCUGCUCUGCGCAGCGUCCAGAACAGACAGAACUAUGAGUCUACCCAGUACAGCAUGGAUCACUUCAGUGGGAUGCACAACUGGUACGCCUGCUCCCACGCCAGACCCACGUACUGCAACGUGUGCAGAGAGGCACUGUCAGGAGUGACAUCACACGGCCUGUCCUGUGAAGUCUGUAAGUUUAAGGCUCAUAAGCGCUGUGCAGUCAGAGCCACUAACAACUGUAAAUGGACGACGCUGGCGUCUAUCGGGAAGGACAUCAUCGAGGACGAAGACGGGGUGUUCAUGCCUCAUCAGUGGCUGGAGGGGAACCUGCCAGUGUCGGCCAAAUGUAACGUCUGUGAUAAGACAUGUGGCAGCGUCCUCCGGCUGCAGGACUGGAAGUGUCUCUGGUGCAAGGCAAUGGUCCACUCUGGCUGUAAGGAGCAGCUGUCAUCCAAGUGUCCUCUGGGUCAAUGUAAAGUGUCUGUCAUCCCUCCAACUGCUCUGAACAGCAUUGACUCUGAUGGUUUCUGGAAGGCGUCGUGUCCUCCGUCCUGCACCAGCCCGCUGCUCGUCUUUGUUAACUCCAAGAGCGGAGACAACCAGGGCGUCAAGUUCCUGAGACGCUUCAAACAGCUGCUGAACCCCGCCCAGGUGUUCGACCUGAUGAAUGGAGGACCGCACCUGGGCCUGCGUUUGUUCCAGAAGUUUGAUACCUUCAGGAUCCUGGUCUGUGGAGGAGAUGGCAGUGUAGGCUGGGUCCUGUCUGAGAUUGACGCUCUCACACUGCACAAACAGUGCCAGCUGGGAGUUUUACCUCUGGGGACUGGGAACGACCUGGCUCGAGUCCUUGGCUGGGGCUCGGCAUGUGAUGAUGACACACAGCUGCCCCAGAUCCUGGAGAAGCUAGAAAGAGCCAGCACUAAGAUGUUAGACCGGUGGAGCAUCAUGGUCUAUGAGACCAAGUUUCCACGGCAACACUCUUCGUCCACGGUCACCGAGGACUGCAGCGACGACUCAGAGGUUCAGCAGAUUCUGACCUAUGAGGAUUCAGUGGCAGCUCACCUGUCUAAGAUCCUGACCUCCGACCAGCACUCUGUGGUCAUCUCUUCAGCCAAGGUUCUGUGUGAGACGGUGAAGGAUUUUGUGGCCCGUGUUGGGAGAGCAUAUGAGAAGAACACAGAGAGUUCAGAGGAGUCAGACACCAUGGCUAAGAAGUGUGGUGUUUUAAAGGAGAAGCUGGACUCUCUCCUGAAGACUCUGAACGAGGAGUCUCAGGCAUCCACCCUGCCCCCCCCAGCACCUCCCCCCACCAUUGCAGAGGAGACAGAGGAGGCUGAUGGAGUCACACUGCCUCCCCAACUCCAUUCUCCUCCCCCACCCUUGCACCCCUCCUCCACACGCACCAACAGUCCCCCGUCCUCUGCAGCAGCAGCAAUCUUUAAACCCAGAGAGCAGCUGAUGCUGAGAGCCAACAGUCUGAAGAAAGCCAUCAGACAGAUCAUAGAGCAUACGGAGAGAGCGGUGGAUGAGCAGAAUGCCCAGACCCAGCAGCAGCUCUUCUCUCUGAGUCGGGCAGAGGAAGAGGAGGGUCUGGUGGAAGAGGAAGAGGAGGAGGAGGUGGAGGAGGAUAAAGUGUCUCUACAGUCGUCGUACAGCAACAGACAGCGUCAUAGCCGCAGAGUCAGUAAGACACCCUGUGAGAAGCUGAUCAGCAAAGGAAGCUCUUCAUCACUUCCUGUCCAGACAGGAAACAGGGACAACAUGCCGAUGCUAAAUACAAAGAUCCUCUAUCCAGGUCUAAGAGGACUCUCUGGAUCCCUGUCCAGCAGCUCUGUGAUCAGUCGACUAUUGGUCAACGCCGACCCGUUCAGCUGUGACCCUGACAACAUGGACUGCUACACUGAGAAAUGUGUCAUGAACAACUACUUUGGAAUCGGACUGGAUGCUAAAAUCUCCCUGGACUUCAACAACAAAAGGGACGAACAUCCAGAGAAGUGCAGGAGUCGCACUAAGAACAUGAUGUGGUACGGAGUCCUGGGAACCAAAGAGCUGCUGCACAGAACCUACAAGAACCUGGAACAGAAGGUUCUACUGGAGUGCGACGGCCGUCCCAUCCCUCUGCCCAGCCUUCAGGGCAUCGCCGUUCUCAACAUCCCAAGCUAUGCAGGAGGAACCAACUUCUGGGGAGGAACCAAAGAGGACGAUACAUUCACGGCACCGUCCUUUGAUGAUAAGAUCCUGGAGGUGGUGGCGGUGUUCGGCAGCAUGCAGAUGGCCGUUUCUCGCGUAAUUAACCUGCAGCACCACCGCAUCGCUCAGUGUCGGACCGUAAAGAUCACCAUCCUGGGUGACGAGGGCGUCCCGGUGCAGGUGGACGGUGAGGCGUGGGUUCAGCCUCCAGGCUACAUCAAGAUCCUCCACAAGAACCGGACACAGACGCUGACCAGAGACCGAGCGUUUGAGAGCACACUGAAGUCCUGGGAGGACAAACAGAAGUGUGAGUUUCCCCGCACCCCGCCUCCUCAAACACUGCUGCCCCCCCAUUCCUCCCAGCCAGAGAUCGUCUCUGAGGACGAGGCGGCGCUCAUCACUGAGUUUGGACAGGCUGCAGGAGCGCUCAUACACAGUAUUCGGGUGGUCGCCCAGUCCCAUCAAAGUCUGGAACAGGAACUCGCCCAUGCCGUUAAUGCCAGCUCAAAGGCUAUGGAUGUGGUCUAUGCUAGCUCCAACACUACUGGGGCUCUGAGCUGCUGCGUGGUCCUUCAGAUGGUGGUGAAUGUCAAAGCUUUACUCAGUGAGACGGAGCUGCUGCUGGCAGGGAAGAUGUCCAUGCAGUUGGAUCCUCCUCAACAGGAGCAGCUGAAUGCAGCUCUGAGCUCCGUGGCUCAGCAGCUCCGUCGACUGGCCGAUGUGUCCUGGCUGUGUCCCGUCAUUGAGCCUUCGGACCACGAGGGUCCACUGACGGAUUACUCAAAGAGAAGUCGGAGUGCCAAGUUCAGACUGGUCCCAAAGUUUAAGAAAGAAAAGAACAACAAGAACAAAGAGACCUGUGCUACUCUCUCACUGCCAGUUCAUCAGUGGGGUACAGAGGAGGUUGGGGCGUGGCUGGACUUCCUCUGUCUGUCUGAAUAUAAGGACAUCUUCAUCGGACACGAUGUCCGUGGAGCUGAGCUCAUCCACCUGGAGAGGAGGGACCUGAAGGACUUGGGUGUCACCAAGGUGGGUCACAUGAAGAGGAUCCUGCAGGGAAUCCGAGAGCUCAACAGGAACAGCAGCGCCAGCGAGGCCUGAGCAGGUGUCUCCUCCUCCUUCACCUCUGACCCUGAACUCAGCCACAGCAGUGACAUCACAGCUGUCGCUUGCUUUGAUUGGACAAGGACCCACACAGAACCAAUCAGAUCCACCCGUGCCUUUUCAACACCAACCGACCAAUCAGCAUCCAGGACAGGUCUCUGACAUUUGACCUCUUAUCUGCCAAACAGACUGACAAUGGGGGGGGCUACAUCCCGUUGAUGGACCAAUCAGAGACAAGUAUUUUAUUCAACUUCUCUAAUGUUCGGAGUUUUUACUUAGAUAAAAAGGAAGUGAUCUCAGUAAUGAAAGGCUGUUUCCUGUCUGAUGUAACUUCCUGUUUGGCAUCACAUAUGAAGGGACCAAUUAGACACGAUUCUUUUGAACUAAACCCAGCCCAGCUCUCUGCUCCUGUAUCAUAUCGUCAUAUCAGACAGCUCUGAGAGUUCACCUGUGUUUACACUGUUUACCUGGGGAUGUAUAUUGUUGACAGCAGAGACUGUCCUUGUUUGUUUGUUUGUUUACAGUCUCUCUUUUAGCCUUUAAAGUCCUCUCUGUGCUCUUUAUCGACUCUUUUACUAAUGGCGGCUCAGAGAUCAGACGUUUCUUUGUUACCUCUAACGAGUUUCUCCUCCUGAGACUUUCACUCCUACGUCAACCUGAGAAACCACAUUAAAGGUACAGUGUGUAAUAUGUAGAGGAGCAGAGGUGGUUAGUAUUAUUUUCAUAAGAAGCUCUAAAUUAGACUUGAAUUUUCUUGAAUGACAGGAGUCUUCUCAUGUUAAUGGAAUGAGGAAGGUGGAUCUUCACCUCCGUUUUUCUGCAGACCCACAGUCGACCAGACAGUUUUAUUUAAAAUGUUAAUGUUCAAGAUUAGAGUUAUGUAUUCCUUAUUUGUUAAUUUAUCUCUAAUUAAUAUACUAAGAUAACACACUGUACCUUUAAAUUCAUGUUUGAUAAACAUCAAUCAGCUGGAGGUCGUGUGAGAAGCCAUCAUCAACAUCAUCAUCACUGAGCUUUUUACUAUCUUUCCACCCUCAGUCGUUAUCUUCAUCCUCAUCGUCAUUGAGCUAGUUAUCUUCAUCCUCAUCGUCAUUGGGCUUGUUAUCUUCAUCCUCAUCAUCAUUGGGCUCAUUAUCUUCAUCCUCAUAAUUGGGCUCAUUAUCUUCAUCCUCAUCGUCAUUGAGCUCAUUAUGUUCAUCCUCAUCAUCAUUGAGCUCGUUAUCUUCAUCCUCAUCGUCAUUGAGCUCGUUAUCUUCAUGCUCAUUGUCAGUGAGCUCGUUAUCUUCAUCCUCAUCGUCAUUGAGCUCGUUAUCUUCAUGCUCAUUGGCAGUGAGCUCGUUAUCUUCAUCCUCAUCGUCAUUGAGCCCUUUAUCUUCAUGCUCAUUGUCAGUGAGCUCGUUAUCUUCAUCCUCAUCAUUAUUAAGCUGGUUAUCUUCAUCCUCAUUGUCAUUGAACCCUUUAUCUUCAUCCUCAUCAUCACUGAGCUCUUUAUCUUCAUCCUCAUCGUCACUUAGCUGAACUCUUUGGCUGUGUCUGAAACUACUCACUCAUUCCCUACCCCCUAUCCACUAUAUAGUGAGCAGCAUAUAGUGGACUCAACUGCAAAACACAAAAAUGAUUUCGGACACUACUCCGGCUGCGGGUGAUGACGUCAUUGCUGUCACAUGAUUAAAACGUUCAGCAGCAACAGCUCGUAAAUUUCCUUGACAACGGUUGAGGAUCCAAAUUAACCGUAGAAUUUCAAUGAAAACUGCUACAAAAAGAAAUGUAUUUGCACAAAAAAAAGAUAUACCAAUAGAUUAAAAAAAAAGUUGUCUCUAUAGUGACAAAAUAAUAUAUAUUUUUGUGUGUAUUAUCACUUACUUUUGCACAAAGAUGAUGGUCUCAUGUCUUGUAAUCAUUAUAGGGGGAAAAAGUUACUCCGUUUUGAAUCCUUAAUAUUUUCUUACAGUUUUGGUAAAACCGACAAACAGAAAAGAAUUUUAAAGUUUUUGUAUAUGUUCCUGUGCUCCUCUUGUUCAUCCGUCAUGUCUGAGAGCAGCAACCGUGAUGCAUUAUGGUAAAUAUUGCUGGGCUAGUGAACAUCGGUGGUUCACUACUUUUCACAGUGCAUUGUGGGAUAGAAUGAGUGCACUAUAUAGUGAAUAACAAUGCUCACUCAGAAUUCGGACACCACUACAAAAUGGCAUAUUCACAAUAUAGUGCACUAUGUAGUGAAUAGGGAGUGAUUUCGGACACAGCCGUUAUCUUCAUCCUCAUUGUCAUUGAGCUCAUUAUCAUUUGUUUACAUGCUAAUGUUUGUUUACAUGCUAACAUUUGUUAACAUGCUAACAUUUGUUUACAUGCUAACGUUUGUUAACAUGCUAACGGUCAUUUACAUGCUAACAUUUGAUGCUAACAUUUGUUAAGAUGCUAACGUUUAGUAACAUGCUAAAAUUUGUUAAUACUCUGACAUUUGUUAACAGGCUAAAGUUUGUGAACAUCAUAAGCAUAGAUGUUUACACAUAGAUACACAUGCUAGCAUUUGUUAACAUGCUUACAUUUGUUAACAUGCUAACGUUUGUUUACAGGCUAACUUUUGUUUACAUGUUAGCAUUUUUUUAAUGUGCUAAUGUUUGUUGUCAGGCUUACAUUUGUUCACAUGCUAAUGUUUUUUAACAUGCUAACGUUUGUGAACAUCAUAAGCAUAGAUAUGUACACAUAGAUGUCACCAAGGCUCCUGCUGUUUCUGCAGAUUUGUCGAUGGGCUCCAUCUUGAAGAGAUGCAGAUACUCUUUUGUCUUUCUAUUCAGAGACGAUUAUCUCAUUUAUUCAGUAAUUUCCUUUUCAUUGAUCAGGCCUCCCGAUCAUAGACUUUUGAUUUUUGUGAUCAUAGUUGCUAUCCUGGUAGACUUACUUUUAUUGCCAUUCAUGACAACCCUCUCCAAUAUGGCGCUCACAUCUUGGCAUGAUCAUAUCAUGGUGUUAUCCCAUCAGUGACUUGGUGCCUUUUUCAAGGGUGUUGCCCCCCCCCCGAAAGUCUCUGUGUAUUUAUUGGAUUAUUUAUCUGUUACCUCUGACAUGUUGUACAUACGCCCCCCUGCAGGGUGCUCACUGUAAAUACAAAGUGUUGUGUAUGGAGAAAUGAUAAUUAAAUCUCCUCUGCUUAAACGUU